CGCCCGCGCUGCCCAACGGGUUUCCCCCUCCCGCAAGCGGAGCUCUCCGUUGCGUCAGCCCCGGCGGAGGCGCUGCUUUCCCCCUUCCCUUUCCCCGCCGCUCGCAGCGCUUUCAGCGGCUGCUGCGUGCCUCCGGGCAGACUCCACAGGUGGCGCUUCCCCUGCCGUGGAGGGAGGCUGGUGGGUGAUCUGCCCCGUAACUCCCGGGGGCUUCAUCCUCUUUCACCCUUCGCCGCACGGGUGCGGGCGGCUGAGACUUGGGAGGCUAGAGAAGCGCGCGCUCUCUAGGCUCAGGGGCACGCUUGUGGCCCGAUUCUGCCGCCGCCAACUUCUAGUAAUAUUUUAACAAACGUGCCGCUUUUCAACCACAAGACGAAGAAGUAGUUCUCCGGCGGGAGCUCCACGCUGCAGGUUCCCAGCGCGGAAAGCGAGACCUGCCCGCCCAGAUCUUUUGGAGACGUUGAGCGUUGCAUACCGAUGACCAAGAUGCUGAAGAAAACCAUCACAAGCUUUGGGAAGAAGCUGAUCCGUCAGCGUGUGCUGGAUGCUGAUUUGGAGAAGACCCAGUUUGCCCGCUGCCUCACCAGCCUGGACCUGAUAGCCCUUGGGGUGGGCAGCACCCUUGGGGCUGGUGUCUACGUCUUAUCUGGGGAGGUGGCCAGGGAACAAGCUGGCCCUUCCAUUGUGAUCUGCUUCUUCAUUGCGGCAGUCUCGUCAGUGCUGGCUGGGUUAUGCUAUGCCGAGUUUGGAGCCAGAGUCCCCAAGGCUGGCUCUGCCUAUCUCUACAGCUAUGUGACCGUUGGUGAGAUCUGGGCCUUCACCACAGGAUGGAACCUCAUCCUUUCUUAUAUGAUAGGGGCUGCAAGUGUUUCUCGUGCUUGGAGCUCCACCUUUGACAACAUAAUUGGCGGCCACAUCUCCACUUUCUUCAAGAAUCACACUUCCAUGUACCUGGAAAACGUGCUGGCUGAAUAUCCUGACUUCUUUGCCCUUUUCCUGGUGCUGCUGCUGACAGGCCUGCUGGCAUUUGGCGUGAGCGAAUCUGCCCUGGUGAACAAGAUCUUCACGGCCAUCAACCUGCUAGUUCUUAGCUUUGUCAUCAUCUCCGGCUUUGUGAAGGGAGACAUAAAAAACUGGAGCUUGUCCAAGGAGGAUGUUCAGAACCUCACCCAAGAACACACGAAGCCCGGAACCGAACCGGAGCCCUUUGGAAGUGGUGGCUUCUUCCCCUUUGGUUUUGGAGGAGUCCUUUCUGGGGCUGCCACCUGCUUCUAUGCCUUUGUUGGAUUUGACUGCAUUGCAACAACAGGUGAAGAAGCACAGAACCCUCGGCGCUCCAUCCCCAUCGGCAUCAUUGUCUCUCUCCUCAUCUGUUUUGUGGCCUACUUUGGGGUUUCUGCCGCCUUGACUCUGAUGGUGCCCUACUGCCUGGUGGACAAGGAGAGCCCCCUACCGGAGGCCUUCAAAAGUGUGGGGUGGGAGCCUGCCCGCUACGUCGUGGCCAUUGGCUCACUCUGUGCCCUCUCCACGAGCUUGCUUGGCUCCAUGUUCCCAAUGCCACGCGUGAUCUACUCUAUGGCUGAAGAUGGGCUGCUCUUCCGGUUCUUGUCCCGGAUUCACAGCCGGACCAAGACUCCUCUGGUGGCCACUGUUGUGUCUGGCAUCAUUUCUGCCCUGAUGGCCUUUAUUUUCGAGCUGAAGGACCUGGUUAACCUUAUGUCAAUUGGCACUCUCUUGGCAUACUCCCUGGUAGCUGUUUGCGUGCUCAUCCUCAGGUACCAACCUGAACCACCCAGCUCCCCAAAGGACUUGGAGAUGCUGGAGGUGAAUAGAAGUGAAGAAGAGAAGGUGAUCAUGAGUGCGUCCAUCAGCGAUAACGAGGCGACUGUAAUAAAAGAGAAGUUUACCUGGGGCAGCCUUGUCUACCCUUCUGGGGACACCCCAACACGUAUCUCAGGACGUAUUGUCUAUGUCAGCACUGCGGUCCUCUCUAUCUUUAUCACGGUCCUCUGUGGGAUUCUGGCACAGGAGGGGGAAGCCCUUGUGAAUGGCAGCAUUGGUUGGAUCGUGGCCUGUGUGCUCCUCCUAGGCAUCUCACUUGUUGCCACUGUCAUCAUCUGGAGGCAGGCACAGAGCAAGACGAGUCUCGCUUUCAAGGUGCCUGGUCUGCCGCUGCUCCCCCUCUUCAGUAUCUUUGUAAACAUCUAUCUCAUGAUGCAACUGGAUGCGGGCACUUGGGCCCGCUUUGCUGGCUGGAUGGUUGUCGGCUUUGCCAUCUACUUUGGCUACGGCAUCCGGCACAGUGUGGAAGGACAGCCCACUCGGCAGCCUCCAUCAGCAGCGAGCAAACCUUUGCAUUCUCCGAGCUCUGACAAGCUGGGGUCAUCUGUUGGAAGCUAAAUCCAACAGAUGAGGCUAAAGCUCUUCCCAGUUUGAAGCCUACUCUGGGAAGAGCAGGAGCAGCUUCAGGAGGGGCCUUUUAAGAUCAAAGUCAAAAUGUCAAGUCAGGGAGAUCUUAGCCAUCACACCUCAGCAAGAAAGAGGAGCAAGAAUGCAGGAGACCCGUCCCUGUUACCAGCACCUGAGUCGGCUCAAAUUUCAAGGCAACAACUUGGACAUAUGGGGAUUCCAGGAAGCAGCAGGACUUGGGCAGAUGAGCAUGGAGUUGACCAAUAAGCCUCCGCUAGUGACAGCUGAUAACUAAGUGGCUCCCACUGCUUUUCCCAGAGGAAGCCCUCAAGUUUGAAAAGCAGAGAAAUCUAGAUUAACACAAAUUGGUAACCUUAAGGAAGCAUCCCUUGCUAUCUGGUCACUUGUAUUUGGAGCCAGUGGACAAGCAGAGGCUCAUGCGAACUGUUGGCCAAUGGCCAGGGAAUGAUGAGAUGCCUGCCAGAUCCCUAUCUGUUGUAAAUCAGUUUUGACAGAACAGAUUGUAAAAUAAACUAAUAAAGAGCCAGUGGCUCCAGUCUGGAGGCGGUGUUUUUAAAGCACAGUUAGCUCAGCCUUUACUUCAGGGCCUAAGCUCUGUGCUUUUAACAGGGCCACACUCUGUCCUUUGCCCUGCACUCGAUAUUCUGUGAAGACCAAAAAAUGUGCAAAUGUAGGCAGAGGUGGGCAAUUUGCAUACUUUAUUCUGAAAGUAAGGUUUAGGUAUACAGUAUCUGAAUAUGGAGAAAGCAGGAAGCAAACCCUGCACUGGAAUUAUACCACUGUCUUCUUUAACCACCAGUGUGGCCUAAAGGCUCAGGCCAGCAGCUUUCCUGAAGCAGGUCACUUGUGUUUGGGCCGCAAGUGUCAUCCUGGCAAUGCCUGAAAAGGAAACUCGACAACUUUCCGUUGUUCGAGUGUACACACUCAUAUACAACCAUGCAUCAGGGCUUUGGGGAGCUUGCACCAGUGCCAAAUUCUACAACGGAGAAACUGUUUAAAUCCUGCUAAAGGAGUUGCAGCCCAGGCGACAGGGCUUCUGCUGAACUCAGCUGAGCACGUCCCAAACCAGACUUGUCACAUGCCUUAGCAAAUGCUUCAGGCAGACAGGUGACAUGAUGAGCUGAGAAACAGAAGGGGAUCUGGAUGUAGCUCCAUAGCUAUAGACAUGUUGGAGAGGAAACACUAAGGACAGUGUCAUGGAAUUUACACAAUCUCAACCCAGUUCACAGCUGUCUGAAAUGGCAAUCCAAUUUGGCUUGUAUAAUAAAGACCUGAUAUAGGGAGGCUAGUGGCCCUGCAUGGGCCCAACUUCUUCCCCCAGGGUACUCUGUUGCCAAGCAGGUUAGGGGGAAUGGCUGUGGCCCAUAAAAAAAAAUCUUCCUUACCACGAUCUCUGUGAAAGAAUUGACUUCUAUUGAGGUAUGUGUAUACCUUAGGUUGGGGACUUGGGAUAGAUUUUGGAUUCUGUUGGUGCAGUGUCUAACAAACUCCCUAGCUGAGCUGGUCGCUGAGUGGUGGUGGAGUUGCCCAGACUUUUGGUGCUGAGUGAUUUCAACAUCUACUUUGGGACUGGCUUGUCUGGUGCUGCUCAGCAGUUCAUAGUGGCCAUGACAACUAUGGGCCUAUCCCAAUUAGUCCUAGGACCUACACACGUUGCUGGUCACACGCUGGAUUUUGCUCAGAUCAGGGGUGUGUGUUCUGUGGGUCGCAUCUCCUGUACUUACCCCAGUGCAUUGGAAAGACCACUUCCUGGUCUUU